CAGGAUGAGAAGACUGAUGAAAGAAGCUAGCUGAACAGCUAUAAAAUGCCCAAAUCUGGGUUUACAAAACCAGUUCAGAGUGAAAAUUCUGACAGUGACAGCAAUAUGGUAGAAAAACCAUAUGGAAGAAAGAGUAAAGACAAGAUUGCAUCCUAUAACAAAACUCCAAAAAUUGAUCGAAGUGAUGUGGGGAAGGAAAUGAAAGAGAAAUCAUCCAUGAAACGUAAACUUCCUUUUACCAUUAGCCCAUCAAGAAAUGAAGAUCGAGAUUCAGACACAGAUUCAGAUCCAGGACAUACAAGUGAAAAUUGGGGGGAGAGACUUAUAUCUUCUUACAGGACAUAUUCAGAGAAAGAAGGUCCAGAAAAGAAGAAGACAAAAAAGGAAACUGGAAGUAAGAAGUCCACACCAGUUAGUAUUCUUUUUGGUUAUCCAUUGUCAGAGAGAAAGCAGAUGGCACUUCUUAUGCAGAUGACAGCAAGAGAUAAUAGUCCAGAAUCUACUCCAAAUCAUCCAUCAUCACAAACAUCAGCCCAAAAGAAAACUCCCAGUUCUUCAUCUCGACAAAAAGAUAAAGUUAACAAAAGAAACGAACGUGGUGAAACUCCUUUACACAUGGCAGCUAUUCGUGGAGAUGUGAAACAAGUCAAAGAAUUAAUAAGUUUAGGGGCAAAUGUGAAUGUCAAAGAUUUUGCAGGUUGGACACCACUGCAUGAAGCUUGUAACGCUGGAUAUUAUGAUGUUGCUAAAAUAUUGAUAUCAGCUGGAGCAGAUGUUAACACACAGGGAUUAGAUGAUGACACUCCACUUCAUGAUUCUGCAAGUAGUGGACACAGAGAUAUAGUGAAAUUGUUACUUCGUCAUGGUGGAAAUCCAUUUCAAGCUAAUAAACAUGGGGAGCGACCAGUGGAUGUAGCAGAAACAGAGGAGCUGGAGUUGCUGCUAAAAAGAGAAGUUCCUUUAUCUGAUGAUGAUGAAAGUUACACAGAUUCUGAAGAACCUCAGUCUGUAAAUCCUUCCAGUGUUGAUGAAAAUAUUGACUCUGAAACAGAGAAGGAGACAAUCAUCUGUGAAAGUAAACAGAUACUUCCCAGUAAAGCACCUCUUCCAUCUGCCCUUGAUGAGUAUGAGUUCAAAGAUGAUGAUGAGGAAGAAAUAAAUAAAAUGAUUGAUGACAGGCAUAUACUUAGGAAAGAGCUACGAAGAGAGAGUGAAUCUGAAAUAGAAAAGAAUAGUUUAUUUUCAAAGCAAGAAAAAGCUUUCUAUCCUAAGUCAUUUAAAAGUAAAAAACAAAAACCAUCUAGAGUUCUAUACUCAAGCUCUGAAAGUUCAGAUGAAGAAAUUCUUCAGAACAAAAAGGUCCCUGCUACGUGCUCUGCUCCUGAGACAUCAAAUUCUGAUAUACAAAGCAAAAAGGAAUAUGGAGUUUCAAAUGAACACAAACAGAAAGGCAAAGUUAAAAGAAAAUUAAAGAACCAGAACAAAAAUAAAGAAAAUCAAGAGUUAAAGCAAGAAAAGGAAGGAAAAGAAAAUACUAGAGUAACAAAUAUGACACUGAAUACUACACUAGAGUGUUCAGAUAAGACCAGAGAAGAGACAAGUUUUAGGAAGUCUUAUAGCCCAAAAGAUGAUAGUUCAUUGCAUUUAUUUCAUAUUUCCACUGGUAAAUCUCCAAAACACUCUUGUGGACUAUGUGAAAAGCAGUCAGCACCACUAAAACAUGAACAUACUAAAACAUGUUUAUCACCAGGAAGUUCUGAAAUGUCAUUACAGCCUGAUCUUGUUCGGUUUGAUAAUACAGAAUCUGAAUUUUUACCAGAAAGUUCAAAUGUAAAAUCUUGUAAGCAUAAGGAAAAAAACAAACAUCAGAAAGAUUUUCAUUUAGAAUUUGGUGAAAAAGCAAAUUCCAAAGUGAAAGAUGAAGAACAUAGUCCAACAUUUGAAAAUUCUGAUUGCACGCUGAAAAAAAUGGAUAAAGAAGGCAAAACAUUAAAAAAGCAUAAAUUGAAGCACAAGGAUAGGGAAAAAGAAAAGCAUAAAAAAGAAAUUGAUGGUGAAAAGGAAAAAUACAAAAAUAGGGAUGGCACUAAAGAGCUGCAGCGAAGUGUGGAAUUUGAUAGAGAAUUUUGGAAAGAAAAUUUUUUUAAAAGUGAUGAGACUGAAGACCUGUUUUUAAAUGUUGAACAUGAGUCCCUAAUGUUAGAAAAAAAGUCUAAAUUGGAGAAAAACUUAAAAGAUGACAAAUCAUUGAAGGAAAAGUAUGUCUCAAAAGAGAGGAACUUUAAAGAAGAAAGAGAAAAGAUUAAAAAGGAAAGUGAGAAAUCUUGUAGGGAGGAAAAAUCAAAAGAUUUAAAAGAAGAAAAAGGAGAGGUUAUACCAAUAGAUAAAGAGACAGAAUUCAGUUCUGUAGGCAUAAGUGCCAGUGAGGAAUCUGUGGGGUUAUAUGCAAUGGAAAAAGAAACAGAAAUUGAAAAGCAUACAAAGGAAAGUAAGGACAAAUCUGAAAAACGAUUUCAAACUAAAGAAAAGGAUAUUGAGAAAAGUGAAAGAAAAAAUUCAGAGAAAGAGAAAAAGAUCAAACAUGAACAUAAGUCAGAGAAUAGUGAAUGUAUUGAUAGAAUAAAAGAAAAAGACAAACUGUGCUCACAUCACACCGAAAAAUGUCACAAGGAAAGUGAGAGAAUAAAAAGUGUUACUGCUAUCAAAAAAAUGGAUGAUAGAGAGAGAAUUCGAGAAAAAAUGGAUAGAAAACAUGACAAAGAAAAACCUGAAAAAGAAAAACAUCAAUUGGAAAAAAAAUAUAAGCAAUCAGACAAUAAUGACUAUACUAAAACAGAAAAAAGCAAAAAUAAAGAAAAAGAGAGGGAGGUAGAUAAAAAGGAAAAAUCUAAAGAUAAAGAAAGUGCCAGUAUAAAUAAUUCCAAACAUUUCCAGGAAGAGAAGAAGUCAAGCAUGACAGAUGGUAAUAAAGCACAACAUGAAAAAUCUUUAUCCAUUAAAGAAAAAACAAGAGAUGAACCUUUGAGAACCCCAGAUGGAAAAGAAAAAGAUAAAAAAGAUAAAGAUAUAGACAGAUACAAAGAACGAGACAAACAUAAGGACAAAGUCCAGUUAAAUAACUUACUCAAACUAAAAUCUGAAGUAGAUAAAUCUAAACUUAAGUCAUCACCAGCAUCAAAAGAUACUCGGCCUAAAGAAAAGAGGUUAGUAAAUGAUGAUUUAAUGCAAACAAGUUUUGAACGAAUGCUAAGCCUUAAAGACCUAGAAAUAGAACAGUGGCAUAAAAAACACAAGGAAAAGAUUAAGCAGAAAGAAAAGGAACGGCUAAAAAAUCGUAAUUGUUUAGAACUCAAAGCAAAAGAAAAAUCAAAGCAUUCAUCAUCUGAGUCCAAAAAUAAGGAACUUACUAGGUCAAAGAGUUCAGAACUGACUGAUGUUUAUGCCAAGGAGAAACAAUCUAAAGAUGCUGUAAGUAACAGAUCACAAUCUGUUGACAACAAAAAUAUUAAUUUAGUAAAGUCUUUUGUUUCAGAAAGUAAUUUAAACAAGUCUCCCAGAUCAGAACCUGAAAAGCCAGGUCUCAGCUCCAGAUCCGUAUCCAUGAUUUCUGUUGCUAGCUCAGAAGAUUCCUGCCAUACUACAGUGACAACACCAAGGCCUUUAGUUGAGUACGACUCUGACUUUCUGUUAGAGGGUUCAGAUUCCCAAAUGUCCUUUUCCCAGUCACCUUUUCUGCCAGUUGCCAAAUCUCCUGCACUUCAUGAAAGAGAGUUGGAUAAUCUGUCUGAACUGCCAGAGAGAAGUAAGCUACCUUACACUAGCAGGCUUCCAACGUCCCAUCUCAGGUCAUCUUCUAUAGAAGAUGUUAAGGUGAUUUUAAGUGAGGGGAGACCGACUGUAGAGAUUCGACGAUGUAGCAUGCCAUCUGUCAUUUGUGAGCAUAUAAAACAGUUCCAAACAUUUUCAGAAGAAAGCAAUCAGGGUGGCUUAACUGUACCAAGAGAUAAUUGUCCCUCUCCCAAACUUGAGGUAUCCUCAAAUGUGCCUGAAAGAGAACUUUCGUGUGUAUCUAGCAUACAUUCCAGUUCUGCAGCUUCUCCACCUAGUUGUGUAAACAACAAAUAUAUUUCAGCUGAUACAAAUGUUAUCAAUAGUACUUCCUCAGUGGGUACUUUAAUGGACAGUUCAGCACAUUUAGAGUCUUCUAACCAGGUUGGUGUGAUCCAGAAUAAAUCAUGGGAGAUAGCUGUUGAUAGUUUGGAACCAUUAAGCACCAAUGAUUAUAUGAGCCCUAGUGUUAGUACUCUUGAUCAGGAUUCCUCUGUUCAGGAUUUUUGUAAUUCUGAAAACAAAGUAAUGAAAGAAAAGAGUACUGACUUCUUAUCCCUACACCAGGCUGACUUGCCAGGAAUUUCUUGUGCUCAGGAUUCUGUGUCCUUUCUGUCUUCACAACAAUCUUAUUCUCUCCAUAGUCAAUCACUUGCAGACGCUGACUCUAUUUCUAAGCAUAUGUCUUUGUCUUACGUUGUCAGUCAAGAGCCAGGUGUUUUGCAACAGAAAAAUGCAGUCCAGAUGAUCAGCUCUGUUUUAGAUACUGAUAAUGAAUGUGCAACAGAUAUGGAAAAUACUUUUGUUUUAACAGAUGUUCAGAAAACAGAUACCUUUGUUUCAAUUUACUCUGAACGAACUGCACAAGAUGCAUCACCAAAUUUUGAGAAGGCUAGUACUUUGCCUGUAUUACCAUCAGAAAAGGACUUUAAUGGAGGUGAUACCUCAUCCCAGAUUAACACACAUUAUGCAUUUAGCAAGCUAAUAUUUAAGUCUUCCAGUGACCAUGAGGUCGAAAAUAGCACUUCUGAUACUCAGGUUAUUUCGCCUGAAAAAGAAAACAAAGUGGAGACUUUGGUUUUAACUCAUUUGAAUGACAAGUGUGACUCUGAUUUAUGUGAAAUGAAUGUAGGGAUGCCAAAAGGAAAACUGCAUGAACUAGAUAAUACAAAACAUUGUCCUGAAAGUGAAAAGUGUUUACUUUCUAUUGAAGAUGAAGAAUCGCAACAAAGCACUUUAUCAAGUCCGGAAAAUCAUUCACAACAAUCAGCACAACAAGAAAUGCAUAAGUAUGGUCAGUUAAUUAAAGUAGAAUUGGAAGAAAAUGGUGAAGAUGAUAAAAAUGAAAGCCAAAUCCCUCAAAGGAUGACUAGAAACAAAGCAAAUACAAUGGCAAAUCAAAGCAAACAGAUUCUUCAUAGCUGUGCAGUGUUAUCUGAAAAAGAUAAUGAAUCUGCUUCACCUCGGGGAAGAAUAAGACUAACAGAAGAGGAUGAUCCUCAAAUUCACCACCCACGAAAAAGGAAAGUAUCACGUGUACCUCAGCCUGUGCAAGUGAGUCCCUCUUUACUACAAGCAAAAGAGAAAACUCAGCAGUCUCUGGCAGCCAUUGUAGAUUCUCUAAAACUAGAUGAGAUUCAGCCAUACAGUUCAGAGAGAGCCAAUCCGUAUUUUGAAUACUUGCACAUAAGAAAAAAGAUAGAAGAAAAGCGAAAAUUGUUAUGUAGUGUUAUUCCACAAGCUCCUCAGUAUUAUGAUGAAUAUGUGACAUUUAAUGGAUCAUAUCUCCUGGAUGGAAACCCCUUAAGCAAGAUUUGCAUUCCCACAAUUACACCACCACCUUCACUGUCAGAUCCUCUUAAAGAGCUAUUUCGACAACAGGAAGUUGUAAGGAUGAAACUACGUUUACAGCACAGUAUUGAAAGGGAAAAACUCAUUGUAUCCAAUGAACAGGAAGUUUUACGAGUUCAUUACAGAGCUGCAAGAACAUUGGCAAAUCAAACCUUGCCAUUUAGUGCAUGCACUGUUUUACUGGAUGCAGAAGUAUACAGUGUGCCAUUGGAUGCUCAGUCUGAUGACAGUAAAACUUCUGUGAGGGAUCGCUUUAAUGCAAGACAGUUCAUGUCGUGGCUGCAAGAUGUGGAUGAUAAAUUUGACAAGUUAAAGACCUGUCUUUUAAUGAGGCAGCAACAUGAAGCUGCAGCUUUGAAUGCCGUCCAACGAUUAGAAUGGCAGCUGAAACUCCAGGAACUUGACCCUGCCACCUAUAAAUCUAUCAGCAUUUAUGAAAUCCAGGAGUUCUAUGUCCCCCUUGUUGAUGUUAAUGAUGACUUUGAAUUGACUCCCAUAUAGAGUUUACUUCCUGGUGUGUCCUCUUAAACUGAUACGGCUCAAGAGUGUUAAUACUGCAGGCAUACUUCCUUGGGACAAAGAUAUUAUUAAAAUGCCUUUAAAAUUGUUAGCAAAGUUCAACUAAAGUUGGUUAUGUAGUAAACACUGUUUUAUAAAAAGUGGAAUGAAUUAUUUUGGAUCCUAGAUCCAAACUAUUUCUAACUGAAGCUAUUAUUUAUAUUGAUGAGAGAGGUAACUAUUACUUUAGAGCAGCAUUUCUCAACCAGGGGCCAUAUAGACAGACCCCCUAUAAACUUCUAGGAUAGUCCAAGGUUAAAAGCAAACAAAAAUCCUGUAAAUGAGGGAGUCACCAAGCCACAGAAAGGAAACAGGUCAGAAGGGGACCACAGACAGAAUGUUGAGAAACACUGCUUUAGAGCAUGUUGCCAGACUGGUAGAGAUUUAGAAAGUUGAGAAUUGGCUAACAACGCUGGAAGUUGUUAGCCUUCUAAGUAAUAAGAUAACCACUAGUAUUCAGCUCUCCGAGUUUCAUUAAAAUACAUAAGUAAACUAAAAGAUUCAGUUCCUACCAAAUAGUUUCUAAUAUAGAGGGAAAUCUUGGCACAACCUUUCUUCAGUUUGUUAUUAUCUGUAAAUUAAUUGUACAGUUUUCUUUUCAGAGUUUUAAUAGUCUUCCUUUUUAAUAACUUAUUUUAUACAUAUUGUGCAGAUGUAAAUCUUGUAAUUAACGGUCAAAAUGUAUACAAAGGUAGUCAAAACAUGUACAAAGGUAUAAUUAAUUAUAAAAUUGUUUGUCUAUGUUUUAUUGGACCAAAGUUGUAAUUUGUAUGGAGUGUAGUAUUAGUGUGUUCUGGAAGCAAAACUUUCAAAUAAGGCAUGCAUGUGUUUGAGUUAGCUUGUUUUUCAUCACCAUAUUUGUAAAGAUUGUGACUUAGUUGUAUUGCAUGCAUCCUAUAAUUUAAUUCUCUUCAUAAUUGAUGCUUAAAGGUAAUAUAAGAUGUUUCAUACUAGACUCCUGGGAUUGUUCCUGUGACUCAAAAUGUUGGACAUAUUACUUAGAAUUAGUUAUUCCAAAAAAAGCUCUGUUUUCAUCUCACAGUAGAGCCUAUAUAACUCCCCAAAAAUGCCUUUGAAAAUUCUGAAAUUGUAAAUGUCUAUUUUAAUACUCAACUAUGAAAGAAUCUGUGAAUAUAUGUAAAUAUGUUUAAUAAAUUUUAUUGGUCAUGUUAAAUCAUUGUAAAACUUUUUUACAUUGCUUAAAUAUAAUGUUUUAAGCUUAAUAGCCUUUGCACUUUUAAAAUAAAAACUGAGUACUCAAAUCAAAAGAUAUAUUUGGUAGUCAAAAUAAGUAAAGGAAUUUUAGGUAAUUCUGAUGAAUGCAGAUAAACCUCUGCAGUAUUGAUGAAAAUCUAAUAUGUUGUAUUUUUUCCUUGUAUCAAGAUGCAAAAAAUAUAAUUUUCAGAAUUUUAUAAUUUAAUAUUUGGUAUGCUGUUUUUAAUAGCAAUAUGCUUAGAAAAAUUACAGAUUCCUAUAACAUGGGAUAGAUUAAAUAUUCAGGAAUGUUUUAGAUUUGAAACUGCUGCUGAAAUUAAACAUUUUUCAAAGGAAAAUUAGAUUAGUAUAAAGUUGACCAUAAGUGUGUGAAAAAUAUAUACAGAACUUCCCAAAAUACUUUGUUGACUUAUUUAUUUAUAAAAUAAUAUGGAAUUUUUAAUUCUGAUGAAAAUACAAAAAAAGAAUUAUGUGGAAUAAAGUGUGAUUUAAAUUUAUCUUGAAAGUUAAAAAUCCCAGUUUAUGGGAGAGAAUGUAAAAUUUGAAGUUUUAGAGUGCAAAGGUAUAUAUUAAGCUUAGGGAUUUUUGGGUUUUUACAUCAGUUUAUAUUUUAAUUCAUACUGUACUUGGCAUGCGCAAUAAAGAAGCACGUGUACAAAAUACACAGUGCAAAGACUUUAUUAUAAAAGUUGGAUGUAGUAUUUAGAAAUUUAGAUGAAAGAUUUUGGCCUUUUUUUUUAUUGGAUAAAAUGUGGCCAAGAAAGGCAGGGUAGAUUUUGAAGCACUGGUUUUGUUGAAGUUAAGUUUAUUAAGGCUUGGAACAUUAAAAGCUAAUUUAUAAAAGCAAUACUUUUAAUAUGAAAAAAUUAACGCAAAUUUUGUUUGUACUAUUGCCUGAACAUUACAAAGGUUAUUGAGUCUUGAAAGUAUAGAAAAUCUGAAAAAGGGUAGUUGAUAGCAUUUUGUUCUGAUCCAGUCAGAGGAAUAGGAAGAGGAAACCAGUGUUUGGCCAAACAUAACAAGCUAUAGAAGAGGAAGAGCAAGCAAUCUAGAAUCUGGCAUAUUACAGUCACCCUAGUUUAUUAACUACAGUCCUCAACCACUUCAGUUGUACCUCAAGGAACUGAAGCGUGUCUGUCAUGAUUCUGCUUCUAUAUAUUUCCUUUGUAAAAUGACUCAAAGCUGAUUGGGAUAAUAUAAAAGAAAAGUGAAUGCCUUCUUGGGAAUUUAAGGAAUUUAUAGUUAAGACCUUUUGAUAUUAAAUAUAUUCUGAAGUUCUGAAAUGCUAGAAAAGCUUGGAAUGCGGUAUAUGCCUAAACGGAUUUGAGAUUCUGAAAAGAAAUAAAAAUGGUUAGUAAUCAGUGAUUUUUUUAAACUUCAAAUAUCAUGAACAAGAUACUAAAUUGUAUUGAAGAAUUUGUAUUUCUUUAAAUCUUGUUCUAAAUCAUAUCUGUUUAAUAAAUGACUAGUUGGUAUUUGUGCAUGUUAUUUAAUAAAGAGUUAUAUUUUUAUAAAAAAAUGAAA